AUGAAAAAUGCCCUGAUAAAAAUUAACAGACAAAAAUUAAGCAACAGUUCGAAACGAAAAGCUCAAGAAGCAUUACAUGAACGACCAGCACGUCGGUGCAGUACAAUACCAACGUUGCCCAAAACAUUGAUCGAGACUCAUAACAUAUUAAAUAAUUAUAAUUUAAUGACUAAUCGGGGAGAACAGUUUUUAUUUAUUAACAGCGCAGAAACCAAUAUAAUUGGAUUUACAUGUGAUACCAAUUUGGAAGUAUUGCGUCAAAUGAAAACUGUGUUUAUUGACGGUACUUUCAAGUAUUACUUUUGUAAUUAUCAUUGUUGUCUAUGA